AUGCCCGGGCAGGGGGUUGUUGGGGGAUCCCACGCCGUCACGGGGGGAAGGCACAAACCCCGCACAGCGACGCACUCGGACAGCGGGCGGAGGUCGGGAUCGAACCGGGGUCGCCGGAGCCGGGAGGCAGAAAAGGCUGGCAACCCGCGGUGUGGGACGUCGUGCUCUGCCCCCUCCCUCACCUCCCUCGCCAGCAGCCAGCAGUUCCAGUGGAUGGUACAGCCUUCCAUGGUGGGCAGCAGUGCGCCCGGCUUCUACCCGAGACCCUACCCCUGCCCCGAGCUGGGCAACGCUCCAGGGACCUCCAGCGGGAUGAGGUCGGGGGUCAUCAGGGCCCCUGUUGGGGGCAGGCGGAGGAAGGAGGAGGAGCUCUCCCCGGAGGAAGAGGAACGCAAGCGGCUGAGACGGGAGAGGAACAAAGUGGCGGCGGCGAAGUGCCGGAACCGACGGCGGGAGCUGACCGACUGGCUGCAGGCGGAAACCGACCAGCUGGAGGACGAGAAGUCCGAGCUGCAGAAGGAGAUCGCCGAGCUGCAGAAGGAGAAGGAGAGGCUGGAGUUCGUUCUGGAGGCUCACCAACCCAUCUGCAAGAUCUCGGACGGCAGCGAGGCCGACCUGCCCGGGCCGUCCGGAAACACCGGGGCAAAGGCGAGAGGGUCAGCGGCCGAGUCCGCCCCCUCCUCCAAACCCCGUCCGGCGGACGUCACCAUCCUCCCCGUCCCCGGGCAGAGCGAUCGGCAGGACGCCGAGACCUUGCACACGCCCACCUUGGUCAGGACCCCCUCCAUCACCCCCUUCACCUCCUCCCUGGCCUUCACCUACCCCAGCGUGCCGCCCUAUGACCCGGAACCAUCUGCCGCCGGCGUCUUCUCGUCGCCCGAGCCCUGCGCCGCCGCCCACCGCCGUGGCAGCAGCAGCGGCGGGGACCAGUCGUCGGACUCGCUCAGCUCCCCCACCCUGGUAGCCCUCUGAGGCCUUUCUAAUUGGAGGGCGCCAUCAGCCGGGGCGGGAACCAAUUAGCCUUCGCUUCCAGGUGACUGGGCGGGACAACCCCCGAGGAGCCAAACUGCCACCCCCCUUCCCUUUUCUUGCCCCUUCUGACCCUUUCUUCCCCCCCCGCCCCACACCCCCGCCUCGCUCCAUAACUGAACACAUUUCAUUGGCCAAACCAUUGCAAUUUGGUUUGGAGUGCCUUUGGACUGGGGAGAUACCUAAAUAUCGACAGAACCAUAAGCUGAGGACCAGCCCUACUCAAAGCAAAGAUUUACAAGGAUGAUUCCUGGAAUGAAAGGGCUUACUUAUGACAAGCGAUUGUCAGCUCUUGGACUGUACUCACUGGAGUACAGAAGAAUGAGAGGGGACCUCAUAGAAACAUUUAGAAUAUUGAAAGGACUAGACAGAGUGGAUGUGGUUAAGCUGAUCCCCCUGGUGGGUGAGUCCAGGACUAGAGGGCACAGUCUUAGAGGGUACUGGUUUAAAACAGAGAUGAGGAGAAAUUUCUUUAGCCAGAGGGUAGUGAAUUUAUGGAAUUCUUUGUCACGUACAGCUGUGGAGGCCCGAUCAUUGGGGGCGUUUAGGGAGGAGAUUGAUAGGUAUCUAAUUAGUCGAGGUAUCAAGGGAUAUGGGGAUAAGGCUGGAAAUUGGGGCGAGAUAAGAAUAGUAUCAGUUAAGCUCAUGGAGCAGACUCGAUGGGCCAAAUGGCUGACUUCUGCUUCUUUGUCUUGUGAUCUUGUGAGAUUUAUGUUGGGUUAUGGUCCAAACUAGCCAUGGUCUAACUUUGGGGGACUCCUUGCUCCCAUCUUCUGACAACUCCACCGUCUUUCCCCCAUUGGAUGGCGCGUGUACUGACGUUGUCCAAGGAAGGUCUCCCAUCCCGGGGUGGUGUGACCCCAGUGCCAGUGUUGGGUGCCCAGGGAUCUUGCUGGGGCAUCGGCCCCAGAUGGCUGGGCGUUGUACCCCAACUUUCCCUUCUCCUGACGCCAACCCAACGGGUAAUCACAGGGUUGGGAGCCUUGUCGGCCAUUGGCGACGCACCCGGGCUCCAGUUGGCGUUGGGAACCCGGUAGGGAGACUCCAGUGGUUGGAUCUGCUCAGAGGCAAAGCC